AUGUCGCGAGAAGAAGAAAACCCAAACACACUUUUUAACAUUUUGGAUCAAACAAUUUUAUCUCAAGAAUUUGUGAACACAUACAUACCAUCUGAAACUAAAAGUAAACGGAGCCCAGCCAUCACCGCUGCUAAUAUGAUGGAAAACAUCAUUACUAUGCGUAAAAAAAAGACUGUUUCUGAAAAAACAAUUCGAAAGUCUGAGAAUUUAUACAAAAUACUUCAACCCGAGGUGUUCGCUUUUCAUACAAAAGUUGAACAAAUCCAAUUUAUUUCCACAAAUAACAAAGCAAGCAACGCAGAAAUAGGUGUCCUCUUUGGGGUUUGUGACUCCGCAAUUCACACCCAUUUAAAGCAAAAAGAACGCCAACCACCACACAAAACCAAAUUUGUCGCUGAGAUGGACACCGCAAUAUCUGCUCUCUUCCAAUUUUGUAAACUCCAACACUUUAAUGCUAAUUUCAGACUCAUCGAAAUAGUUUGUCAACAUUUCGAUCAAGACUUUUCUAUGACAAGAAAAGGCAUGGAAAAGCAUAUAGAGAAAUAUCAUGGAUACAAGUCGACUAUUGCACACAAAGAAUCUAUAACUACCAUUCGUCCCGAUUUCUCAAAAGUCACCAAAUCGCUUUUAAAUUUUUCCACGAAGUAUAACGGAAUAUUGUCAAGUCUUUUGUUAAGUGUUUCUGAAGUCGCAUUUUGCGACUUGGAAGAUUCAGAAGUGUUAACUGGAUUCUACAAAGAAACAACAAGUGAGACAAACUCCGAAAGCGCAGCUGGCUUUCAUCCUCCUCCCUUCCAAACAACACAACAACAAAAUACACGCACUCAACAAGAUAACCCUAUUCUUCCCAAUUCACAACUCUCACACACUCCACAAAACGUCUUAAGCGAAAUCUAUUUCCCUCGCACUGAACUCACUGAAAACACUAAUUUGCGAAUACCUGUGAGCAACUCAUUUUGCAAAACUCCUGCUGCUAUAUGCACAACUGCAGACGGGGUUUUGCUCUAUUCUGUUGGUGUUGUCCCGACCAAACGAUAUGAUGAAGG